CUGCUACAAGAGAGACAGACUCGCUGCAUGGAGAGACACACAGGCUCGGCCGGGAACACUCACAUACAGAACAGACAGCUGUUUGUAUAAUCUGCAGAGAGAAGCAUGAGAGGCACAAGGAAGUAUCAGCAUGUGAUCGAGACCCCUGACCCAGGGAAAUGGGAGCUGGCGGGAUACGAGGAAUCUCUGCCAAUCAGUGAGAAGUCCAACCCCAUGACGCGGGAGCUGGAUAAAGCCGACCCCUCCCAGUUGGUGCAGCUCCUGAGAGACUGUGAUGCCGAGAUAUUCCAGGAGGAAGAUGAGAAUCUCAUUCAUUAUCAUAGACUGUACAGCGAGUCGGUGCUGAAGACAAUGGGGGAUGUAGCAAAGAGAGUGCAGGAGGUAUUAAAGAAUCCUGAUGACAGUCUGGUGGUUCUGAGUGGCUGUGGGACCUCCGGGCGGCUGGCCCUUUUACUUGCUAAUUCCUUCAAUGGACUCUUGAAGGGGCUGCACAAGACCCCCUGUUACUGCUACAUCAUGUCGGGAGGGGACAGAUCGAUUGUCACCUCUCAGGAAUCUUCAGAAGAUAACCCCCAGCUGGGGGCCCAGGAAUUAGAGAAGGUGUGUGAGGGGAAGAAGAACGUGCUGUUUAUUGGCAUUUCCUGCGGCUUGUCUGCUCCGUUCAUCGCUGGUCAGUUGGAUUUCUGCAUGAGGCACCUGGAUGUUUACCUGCCGGUGUUGGUGGGAUUUAACCCAGUCAGUAUGGCCAGGAACGAGCGCAUCGAGGGCUGGCACUCCAGUUUCCGACAAGUGGCCGAACGGCUCCAGACCCUGCACGACUCUCAGAAGGGCUUCAUUCUCAAUCCGGCAGUGGGGCCUGAAGGAGUGAGUGGUUCCUCGCGGAUGAAGGGGGGAAGUGCCACCAAGAUCCUUCUGGAGACUCUGUUGCUGGUGGCCCACAAGGCUGAGUCCAAUGUGCCGGUGACUGAGAAGUGCCUGUUGGAAAUUCUCAGGACAUAUGAGAGGGCCCACAAGGUCACCUACUCCCAGAGCAAGAAAAUUGCAGCCCUGAUGAAACAGACGGCAACAAGCCUACAGAAAAAGGGCCAUCUGUACAUCCUCGGCUGGGGCACCCUGGGGCUAGUGGGCAUAAUGGAUGCAGUGGAGUGUGUGCCCACCUAUCAGGCAGACUGGAGGGACGUGCGUGGGUUUAUCACUGGCGGUUACCACUCCAUAGAGAACAAGGAAGGGGAUCUCUCGUCACUGGGACCCGAGUUCUCCAUCUCCCAUGAAGACUUUGUGAAGAACGUUCUCCCCUCAGUGUCAGAAACAGACACCGUCCUGCUCAUCUUCACUCUGGAUGAUGACCUCAACCAAAUAGAAAAGCUGGUGGCUCUGGUCAAGGAGAAGACCUCAAAUAUUCAAGUCAUAUGCCAUGCGACAGCCGGACAGUACUUGCCGAACUCACUCAAGAAAACAAUUCCAAGUAUCAUUGGUCUGACGUGGCCUAUCCUGUUCUUGGAGUAUGAGGGUGCUUUUAUCCAGAAAUUCCAGAGGGAACUGAGCACAAAGUGGAUACUGGACACGGUUACGAGUGGCGCCUACACCCUGAGGGGGAAGAUCUUCAGAAACUUUAUGGUGGACUUCAAAAUUAAUAACUCAAAACUCUUCCACCGAGCAACGUCGGUUCUCCAGAGGCUAACAGGACAGUCCCAGCAGCGCUGCACAGAGGUGCUCCUCCAGUCCAUUUAUGGGGAACAGACCCUCUCGGAGCAGAUUAGGAACACCACCAUUGCUGGACAUGUAGAAGCAGCUGCCUCGCAGGACAAGGUGCUUCCGGUGGCCAUUGUGAGUUUGCUGAGAAGCUGCACGAUACAAGAUUCCAGAUCCCGGAUCAACUCCUCAUUGUCCAUCCGCUCGGCCAUUGAGUCGUCAAUGAAUGUGCCCGGGAGGAAGAGGGGGGCCGAGGACUCGGAGAGUCGAUGAGAGACACAAGAUCAUCAGUAAUGACCAGUCACUUGAUUUACUGACCUGAGAACUGGGGGUGCCGGGAGGUUAUUUGCAUGGACCCAGCUCUUUAUUUCUAUUGGUCAGUGUUAUAUAUAAUGUCACUGGGUGCCCAGCAGUGCCAGGGUUGUGCCCACAGGGGAGGGGAGGAAUAUUUAUGAUAUAACAGGAACGUACCACUUACUGGAAGGAUCGGGGUAAAUUCCCCCGUGUGACACAAACAUGUAGGGCCACAUUCCAACCCUCGUCCCCAUUGCUUCUGCUCCUCUUCCUCCUAGUGCAUUGCCAACAUGUCUCUCUCUAGGGGCCCCACCUGCCCCAGCCCAGGGCAACUUCUGCUUGAUACCUGGCACAACAUCCAUUUAAAGGGGAAGUAUUCCCUCUUUAUAACGGUGCAGAGGAGACAUAGUAGUGCGACCAACUGCAAGUGACAAAUUGUGAAUGAGGAAAAACUGGCAAUGCCCCUUGUAUUACACAAUGCCCACCUACAUAUCUGCUUCUCUUCUGCUCCCACAAUGCUCCUUGUUUUUCCUAUGGACUCUCAUUCACACAAUCUAUGGAUUUCCCUGUAGAAUAAACAUCCAGAAAAACA